CUGUACACACACUCAUCAUGGCUACAGCUGGCUGCUUCCCUGUUCCCAAUCCUGGCGAAUGUUUCUGGCAGAAUGAGCCACACCAAUUGCACGAUCACCGCUCAACUGAGCAGCUUCCUGAUCACGCGGACAUCGUGAUCAUCGGCGCCGGGUACGCCGGAGCUAGCACUGCAUACCAUCUGCUGCGUGACCACGGCGAGAAGGUCAAGUCCAUUACCAUCUUAGAGGCCCGGGGAGCUUGCUCCGGUGCCACGGGACGUAAUGGCGGGCAUCUCCGUCCGGACUUCUACGGCCACAUCCCAACAUACGUCGACCGCGCAGGUGUUCGCGCUGGCGCAGAGAUUGCCGAGUUCGAGAUUGCCAAUCUGCAUGCUCUGAAGAAGGUCAUUGAAGAUGAGAAGAUUGACUGUGACUUCACACUGGCGCGGUCCAUCGAUGUCUGGUGCAAUGAAGAAGCGGCUCAGAAGGCAAAGGGCACAUAUGAGCUCAUGAAGUCGUUGGAUCUGGAGUAUAUGAACGAUGUGGUGUUCUACACGGGGAAAAACGUGGAGGGAAUCUGUGGCGUCAAAGGGGCUAAAGCCUGCGCCUCCUUCACAGCAGGCACAAUGUGGCCAUACAAAUUCAUUCUACACAUUCUCCAAUCCGUCCUCGCAACGGGCAAGGUGAAUCUGCAAACAUUUACCCCUGCUACAUCGAUAACCCCCGGCUCAGAGGGUGGCUAUACUAUUGAAACAUCCCGCGGCACGAUGCACGCGGGAACGGUCGUGCAUGCCAGUAAUGCUUACGUGGCCGGCCUCCUUCCCGAAUACGAGAAAAAUAUUGUGCCCUGCAAGGGAAUCUGCUGUCGGAUCACCGUGCCCGAAGGGAAGACUGCGCCACUGUUGAACAAUUCUUACAUCAACCGCACCGAAGACAACACGCUAUCCUACUUGAUUCCUCGUCCCGAUGGUAGCAUUGUUGUCGGUGGAGCAGCCGCCAAGUUCCGUUCGCACAAGGAGCAAUGGUACAACAAUGUUGACGAUACCGUUCUCAUUGACUCGGCCAAGGACUACUACGAUGAUUACAUGCAACGGACGUACCGUGGAUGGGAGGAUAGCGGGGCUAAGGUUGACCAGAUUUGGACGGGUGUCAUGGGAUACUCGUAUGACUCGAACCCGCAUAUUGGAGCCGUGCCCGGCAAGGACGAUCAGUUCAUCCUAGCUGGAUUGAAUGGCCACGGCAUGCCGGUGAUUUGGCGGUCGGCACAGGAGCUCGCGCGCAUGGUAGUAGAGAAGAUUCCCUUUGAAGAGACAGCCAUGCCUCGGCUGUUCAAGACGACGCAAUUCCGGAUUCAUCGCGCCAUGAACGGACAGGAGAGUGAUGGAGAUAUUUUGGGCACAGGGAACUUUCCUUCGACAAAGCCUUGAGCGAUGACUAUGGUAUUUAUGACUGUAUAUAUUGGCGCAUAUAGAUGAGCUACCCGACCUUGUAUCAUACUGCAACUGGGGUGUCCCGUGAAUUUCCUUCUGCAACGCGGCUUACAAAGGCCUGAUAACACUCGAGCAUGUUCGUCCAUAAGCAUAUUUAAUUUCCGCUGCUAGUCAACCUGACGUACUCGCUUCGGGCCCAGGCGGAACCCGGUUCCCUCAGUGCCCUCCCAAACGAGUUUCACUUCGGGUAUCAUUAGCGCCUCCGAGGACGUGGGACUGCGGUCGUACUUUUGCCCCUCUCGGAUCUUGAUCCAUCUACUCAUUGCUGUGGAAGCGUCUCCAAUGUCAUCAGUUUUCUGAACAUCAUCUUCGCCAUGUCUUACUGUGACGAGCAUCCGAAGCAUCUGCCUAAGUAGUUCGACAUCUAUUACUUCCGUGUGUGUGUCGGAAG